AUGCCAGAGGCUUCGUCCUCGAUCUCGGACCAGGAACCAACUUCGUUUAUGCCACAGGACAACACACCGCCACGUAGUCAUCGAGCAGUGGACGCGCUACGUCAAUCUCCGGUCGUUGAGCUACAUCGCAGCUCGAGUGGACGGAAUCUUCGACUCAAACAGCUCUCGCUAGCUGACGGAGCUUUAUUGUCAGCACCGAAUGCGCUAACACCUCGAGCACCUUCCGGGAGGAGACCAGAGAGACGAGAGCGUCUACACAGCAGCGAGUAUAACAACAGGGAGCCAACCAGCAACAAUGACAGAAUUUUACAACGCAGUAGCAGUUUUUCUAUCUCCGCACAUGUGUUGAAAGACCUCGAGCGAGUAACAUCGUCGACGGAUCCCGUAGGACUCGCCGAGCUUUGUGAGAGACCGGAACGUCCAAGGAGGCAUACAGCCCGUAGAGAGGACCAACAGCAGCGAGAAGACAGUAGUGAUGAAACUGAGAAGAUCAAUUGGAACCCAAAUGAAGAAACCUCGUUCAAUAAUUCAGAAGUUUUCGAGCAAGUGAUUCAAGAACAAGAAGCACAGAUCGAAAACAGGGCCGUGUCCAGUUUUGGUCUUUGGGGUAAAGCAGCCAAGAGCAAAAGUUUGCCGGAUGCCAUCAUUUUCUCCUGUUCCAAUACGCCGACGCCUAGCGAAAUGGUUUCCCAGCUACAUGUGACACAUCCUCACUUAGCAGCUUUGUCGGUGCUAGAUAUGCCCAAGUCCAUGUCUCUUACAAGAUCGACAUCACCGCGCAUCAGACGCCCAGGUGCAGGAGCAGCAUUUUCCUCCUUACCAGAAGUAUCACUUCGCCAACGGACCACACCGCCGACAAACAACCAGCAAUUGGAAACAGAAACUGAUACCAGCUCGUCAGUUGAAGUCAGCAACCCCAUCACACAGUGGAAACGAGGCGAACUCAUUGGUGAAGGAACAUUCGGGAAGGUUUACAAAGGACUGAAUAUUGCGACGGGGGAACUGUUUGCGUUGAAGGAGAUUGAAAUUCAUUCGCGUCCUAAUGACGAUCAGGUCACUCAGAUGCAAAAGCUUGGCGAGGAAAUCUCGCUCAUGAAUAAUCUCAGCCACAAGCACAUUGUUCGCUACAAGGGAAGCUAUCGAUCCGAAAAUCAUUUUUAUAUAUUCAUGGAGUAUGUUCCUGGUGGGUCCAUAGCCAGUAUGCUCAAGCAGUUCGACGCUUUUAGUGAAGAUCUCAUUCGGAUUUUUACUCGGCAGAUCGUACAGGGCGUUGCGUAUCUUCACGAGAUGGGUAUAAUUCACCGGGAUAUCAAAGGUGCGAACGUGUUGGUAAACGAGCAAGGAGUGUCCAAACUGGCCGAUUUCGGCUGUUCGAAGCAGAUUCCGCAGAUGUUGACCACAAGCUUAGAGGAAUCUUUGCGUUCGAUUCGAGGAUCCAUCCCAUGGAUGGCGCCUGAGGUCGUCAAACAAAUCGGUCAUGGGUACAAAGCUGAUAUUUGGAGUAUCGGUGCAACAGUUAUCGAGAUGGCUACAGCUAAGCAUCCGUGGCCAAACUGUCAUAAUGGCCUUGCCGCUAUGUAUACCAUCGCGAUGGCUACAGCGCCACCUCUGCUACCAGAGCAUUUGUCGUCCGAAGCCAAAUCGUUUCUCCAGCGCUGUUUCUGUAUCGACCCGGAAGAGCGAGCAACCGCAUUAGAGCUGGUUGCGCAUGCUUUCUUGGCCGAAAAAAAGUAA